AUGUCGUCGUUCGCGAGCCUCAUGGCGCUGAGUGCCACACAAACUAAACAAUCGCAAGGGGCUGUACAAACAGCACUACGGGAACGACAACGGAAGGAGGAACUCAGGCGUAAACAGCAGGAGGAGAAGGAGGCUAAGGACAGGGAGUUAGAGAAGCAAAGGCGGCUUAGGAUGUUCGAGGACCAGCGGAAAGAGGAGCAGAGGCGGCAACAGCUUGUCGCAGAGGAGAGGGCACGAGAGCUCCUCAUGCAGAAAAGAGAGGAAGAACAGCGAAAUUCCCUUCUGUAUGGCCCCAAGAAAGCGGCUAAAAUGGCGUCGACGUCCUCAUCACCACCCGAGGGCGGAUCCAAGUGGCCCACGUCCUCGUCGGGUGUUCGGGAGACUGUCCGCAAGCGCCGGCUCCCUGACGCAUCAGAUGACGAGUCAGGAGGCUUGCCAUUGACUCGUGAGGAGCUACGGGAGAGGAAACUGGCGGUCGAGAGACGCAAGUUGUACUCCGCUGGCAAGCGGUCAUCGCACUCUGGGGGGUAUAAGAAAAUGGGCAAGCGCCUUCCGGGGGGCGCUGUGGACAUACAAACUUCUGCGCAGGUACCAGAAUCUUUCGCAGGCAAGUCCGUGAAGGAUCGCCUCGCGGCCAUGCCCAAUACCCUGACUAAAUUGAACACGAACAAGCGAGACACUCGAACUAUUGACGAGAUCGUGCAGGAUCGUGCGAGGAUGAAGGAAGGCAAGACUCUGCAAGGCGAUGAGGCCCUGGUGUUUGACGACUGGUUCACCACCAAGAAGAAAGAGGUUCCGAAGAAACUAGUUUCUGCUAGGCCUUCGCCUCCGUCUGCACUCCCAUCGGGUUCGAACACUCCUGGAAGCUCAGCGUCGAUGUCAGCGGUGGCUGCCCAUAAAAAGGUUUCUAGCGCACCCAGGCUGAAGAGUGUUCCUCCCAAGACGCCAGCAGCUGCUCCAUCCUCAACGCCAGCCGCUAAUAGAUCAUUUCACUCGUCCUUCUCGCGUCCAGCGUCGGCACCUGCUGACAGACAGAGUGGAACCUCUAAGGCGCCAAUGUCAAAGCCAUCCAAGGCAGCUCUUGUGAAUGGAAGGCAAGCAACCUCCUCUACGUCUGCCUCAAUGAAGAAGCGGCCCCGUUCUUAUAGUCCGCCUGCGUCCCCACCGCCAUCCAAGAGACGUCAGCUAUCUGACGACGAGCAUAACGAGGGAGAUUCGAACCUCAAGAGCGUUAUUUGGGAGAUCUUUGGCAAAAAACGAGACAAGUACGUUUCGAAAGAUGUCUUUAGCGAUGAUGAAGACAUGGAAGUCGAUGCUACCUACCUUGAGAAGGAGGAGGCUAGGAGUGCUAAAAUCGCAAAGAGAGAAGAGAAGAGGGCGUUGGAGGAAGAACGACAACACGAGGAGGAGAAACGUAGGCGCAAGAAGGAGAAGGAGCGUCUUGCUGCUGCUCGAGGUUGAAACCGACACCUUUUCGCAUGGCACGAGAGCGGCUAUGUCUCUUCUUGUUAGAAGGUCUGUCGGGGAGCUCAAGCCUCAUGGAACGUUGUCAUCUAGAGCUCGUACCCUUACCCAGAACAUCAUAGCCGUCGGCCACCCACCAGGCUUGGAGGCAUGUACUAUUUCUCUUUCCAUUUUUGCAUUUGAUCAAGGCUAUUUUGGAUGGCAAUUCUUCGCAUUCACUACUAUCUCUACACCCAGCAAAUUCUCCCUCGCCAAUCCACGUUGUAGUGUCUCAACCAUGCUGUUGUUACACACACGAUGGACAUAAUUAUACUCACACUCCAUCACCACAUAUUUAUUCCAUAUCCCCCAUCACAUCCAUGCUGUUGCUUUGUAUAGCUGUCUCGAAUAGUUUCUGGUUCUUUCAAUCGCGCCUCUCUGCCUUAAAUACAACAUGUAUACUUUUGAAUAGAUACUACUUGUUAGACUCAACAUUUACGUGUUGACUGUCGUUCUAAUGUACUUCAUACCCUCAUACUAUCUAUCCUUUCAUAGAUUACG